AUAAACCCCUUCACAGUCUCAGCUAGCAAACCCUAAUAGCACGCUAGCUGCCAUCAGAACCUUGGAGCGCUUCAGCAACCCGCAGCAUUUCUUCCGUCUCUAGGCGGCGGCGGCGGCAGCGGAGCAGCAGCAAUCAUGAAGUUCAACAUCGCGAAUCCCACCACUGGGUGCCAGAAGAAGCUCGAGAUCGACGAUGACACCAAGCUCCGAGCGUUCUGGGACAAGAGAAUUAGUCAAGAAGUCAAUGGUGAUGCACUUGGCGAUGAGUUCAGGGGUUACGUUUUCAAAAUUAUGGGAGGAUGUGACAAGCAAGGUUUCCCAAUGAAGCAAGGAGUGUUGACUCCAGGGCGUGUUCGCCUUUUGCUGCACAGAGGAACCCCAUGCUUCCGAGGUCACGGAAGGAGGAACGGUGAGCGGAGAAGGAAAUCCGUUCGUGGAUGCAUUGUUAGUCCAGACCUCUCAGUGCUGAACUUGGUCAUUGUCAAGAAAGGUGACAAUGACCUACCUGGACUGACUGAUGUUGAGAAGCCAAGAAUGCGAGGUCCAAAGAGGGCUUCCAAGAUCCGCAAGCUAUUUAAUCUCACCAAGGAUGAUGAUGUUAGGAAGUAUGUCAACACUUACCGCCGAAAGUUCACAUCCAAAACUGGCAAGAACUGCAGUAAAGCUCCCAAAAUUCAGAGGCUGGUUACUCCUUUGACAUUACAGAGGAAGCGAGCAAGGAUCGCAGAGAAGAAGAAGAGAGUCGUAAAGGCCAAGUCAGAGGCUGCAGAGUAUCAGAAGUUACUGGCUUCCAGGCUGAAGGAGCAGCGGGAGCAUCGCAGUGAAAGCUUAGCCAAGAAGAGAUCAAGACUCUCUGCUGCCACUAAGCCUUCUGCUGCUUAAUUUUCUGGCGGGACAGAGUUGAUGGUUU